AUGGCUACACAAGAAGAGCUCGCGAUGCUUUUCGCUCGUAACCUUUCCCUCCACAACCCUCCUCCCGCUGCCCCCGUAGAAGAGCCAAAGGAAGUUGAACCAACAUACACAUACUCAAUUUCUCAACACUAUACCCAUUCCGCACAUGUUGCUAAGCAAGCAUCCAGACCUGCUUCCGAACCACCUCAAACAGAUCAACUUACAGUAGAUAUUAUACUUGCCAGACAUGGUGUCGAUUCUUCUUCUUUAUACCCUACCCAAAUCGAACUUUUCAAAACUGCAGAUGCUACUCAGCAGAUGCGAUUGAUUGAGUUAUGGAGAAUCUGCCCACCAUACAACGGAGGGCAUGCGUUGGCACAAGACCUGUGGACUGGUCCUUCUACUAGCCUUGAGCAGGAAGAGUCCAUGGCCAAGCUGAGAUACGAACGUCAAAUGAUGGAAGAAAGAAUGUCUCGAACCCAAGAUUCAAGUAUGGAUGAUGAUACUAUGAGUGAUGGUAGUAGCCAUGCUCCAUUGACACCAAUCCAAGGUGGAGAUGCCCGUUGGAAUCAUGUUGAGCAUGUUGAACCUUACAUGGCGUCUGGCUAUGAACUUUUAGCUGCACGAGAAUAUGAACAAUCGACUGGUCGUUCAAAGGAUGUUUACUCGCACUUUGGAUCGGCAGUUGGUGGACCUCAAUACAAACAGUCUACAGACCCAGUCUAUAACAAUGUCGAAGCCGUUCAUGGAUACCCAAAUGUUGAAGCGAUGGAGAACCAGUAUGGAGCAUUUCAGAAUUAUCAGUUUGGUGGAUACACAAAUGGAGGCGAAGACGAGGAGAUGUUGUAAAUAAGAAUACGUUUUACUCUAGGUAGCUAUAGUUAGCACUUCUGUAGAGAUGAUCAUAUCAGGCAUGGAAUAUGGGGAAAGUUAUUAUUGUUC